CUAAACCAAUCAUAUUCGCCACAUCGAUAAGCCGUAUCCAUCUUCAGUUACCGCCUUUUUCUACGGCCUCAUCCAAACCGCAUCCUACGUGCUUCACCAACGACACACUCUCUUUUGAAACUAACAUCAUGGGCCUCGACGAAUUCUUCACCAAAGCAGUCCGCGACAGAAAAUUCCAAGCAGCAGCCCUUGAAGUGGCAAGCACAUGCGCCUCUGCAGCGCCCGUCAUCAAGAUCGUCCAGGCUGCGAAUAAGAUCUCCAAGGUCGGAGACGUUAUCCAACAUGCCAACGAUUUCCUCUCUAGCGCGUCGCAGACCAUCAAAGGCGCGCAGAGUAUUCUGCCGCAGAUGCAUAUCAUGGGCCAGUCGUUAGUUGAUAGUACGAGAUUGUUUCACCAGUUUAGUAUUGUCGCUACCACGUUGGGCAUGGGCGCGAAUGUCAUUCAGACGUAUCAGGGUGUUCAGGCUUUGAACCUUAUUGCGGCCAAGCUUGGAGAGAUUUCGACGAGUCUUGAGGCCCAGGCGGCGCUUACGGCUCAGCGAGACUUUCCGCAAUAUGUUUUUGAUAUGAUUCGAGAACGAUUAAGUCAGUCCAGCGUCGACACCGAACGCGAUCAUUGGUUCUUUCUCUACCAUCCCGACACAGAUUGGUAUCCCAAGUUCUUCCAUCUCGUCGAGGAAAAGCCACUAAGCCCUCGAUUCUGCGGCUACACCAACCAGCUCGACACCGUUUUCAUGUUCAUGCUCGCAGCCCGAGAGCGCAUCACUAAGCGAGAAAUGUCAAAAGCACGACGAAAACAAUUCUGUCGACCUGUGCAGCUUCACCUCAUUGUGCCAGCCUACCAAACAAUUCUCAUUCCCGAGCCGAUCCGAAUACCCGACGAGAUUGGCGAUUUUGUCAUCGAAGGACGGAUCAACAGCAACAGACCCUUCGUAUGGCUCAAUCUCCCGGACGAGCAACAACACUAUACAUUUGACGUCGGAAUGUGGAGUCCUCCCCCACCGGGAAUAUGGGAAAAGACUCUCGCCUGGAUGGGUCUGUCAGAAAAGCCCAAGAUCUCGGAUACACCGCGACUUCUCGGUGUAGGAGAAAAGAUUGAGAUGAUUGAGGAUGAGAAGAGAGAGAUGACUAUCCAGACUAUCGAAGAAGAUGGCUCUAUGGAAGUUGUCAAGAGAGCUGCUACUGAGUCAAGUCUUGAUUUGGCGGCAGUGAAUAAACAUCGAUCUACACCAUUGCAUGAAGGUCGACGACGUCGACGAUCACGAAGGACAGAGUCUGUUGCAUGAUUUGGAGAAGUAUUUACUUUGCAUUUCAAUGGCGUUUUGGAUACGGCGUUACACGGAUGAUACAGAUACAAUAUCAAAGCGGAAACAACAUACAUGGAAUCAUGACUACUAGAUUGUCAAAUGAUAGAGCUCAGCACAGUUUGCAUAGUGAGCCAGUUACGAAUAUAGAAUUUUGAACGACCGUAAAUAUCGGAUCCACA